ACGACAUUUCCCAUUGCGGCAUGAAAUCCAAAUUGUGAAUCUCAGCUUAAAUCACUCCACGAGAGAAAAAGAGAACAGACUUAUCGUCAUAACUAGUCUAUUAAAUAUUUUGCUCCUCACAAAAAUACACCGUAUUAAAAACACUAAAUAAUUUUAAUCAACUAAAAUUUAGUUGAUUAGUUAUUUAGUUACUAAAUACACAAAGUUUAAUUUCACCAACUUUUGAAAGUCACUAUGGAGGCAUGCAUGGAAUCCAGAGCUAUAAAUUUACCAGAGAUCGUAUCCAUCAUCAUGAGCUACCUCCCCACAUCCGACCUUAAAAAUUGCACCCUCGUCAAUACCGCCUGGGAGCGAGAGGCCCGCACCCACCUCAUGUCAAGAACGAAGGUCACCCUGACGAGAAAAAAUUUCCGCCCAUAUUUCAAAAAUCGUCUUCGCCUUUGUCACAAAAACGUGGACAUUUCCCUCCUCGACAUCCAAACCCCGUCCGGGAUGACGUCCUUCCUCAAAAAUUUAACCCCCCAUUUAAAACGCCACUCCGCAAAAAUCUCUCGCCUCCACAUCGACGUCCUCCUCAUCGGAUACGAGUCCCCCAUAUCAUCCCAAAUUUUGGAAAUAUUCAAAAUUCUCAAAAAUUUAAAAUCCCUCGACUUACGCGUCACAUUUUGGGGCUCGUCCCACAAACGAGAUUUCACCCACGUGUCACAACUAAUCGAACAAAAUGUGGGUACUUUAUCCUCCGUGACGAAGCUACGGUUCCGAAUCCCAGCCCCCUUUUCCCCCCUGGGUCCGCCAGCCGAUCAGCACCUAUACAACAUUCUAGCCACGUGUUUACCCCCACUAAUUAAACUCUGUCCGAACGUGCAAGUUCUCAAAUUGGUCAACACUCCGGUCUUCGAGAUGUCACCAUUUCCCCCUAAAUUGACCAUGCUCUCGGUCCGUCGUACCGACGGAAAUUCCAUCAAUCUUUCCACCCCACAAUUUCCCCCGCUAAAAAAUAUGUCCAAACUGAUCCGACUUGAGGUCAAUCUCAACCUACACUCUGAAAUGGCUUGCCCCACCCUCCUCACCCUCCUUGCCCCCCAGCUGGAACACUUUGCCAUCCGCUGGGUCACCAAUUCCUCCCCAGGACCCCGAAGCACGGUCACAUUUAUCUUCCCAAUAUUCCCGAAACUCAAAGUUUUUGAAAUCCGGCGAAGUCAAGCCUUCUUCCAGGAAGGGAAAUGGCUCCGACCCAACCUGUAUUUUAAGUUUGCCACAGAAGACAAAAAUACCGGGGUCAAUGUCGCCUACGCCAAGCAAUUUCCCGUCCUGGAGAAGAUAAUCAUUCGAAAAGAGAACGAUCUCAGAAAGGGGGCGAAAGGGUACAGUGAUAAUUUCUACUUUGAAAACUCGGUCCCCUUUUUACUCGAGACUUUUCUGUGGAGUACGAAAUCACCGUGUCAAACUUUGAAGUAUUUGGACAUCCCAUUUCCGCCGAGGAAUAGGUUUCGGUAUAACAGGAUGACGCGUGCCGGAGAUUGUGGGGAGGCGGAGGAGGUCUGCCAUUGUUGGGGGUUGAUGGAGGCGUCCAUAUUUUAUGACUUGGUGGUUAAAGUUUUUCCGAAAGUGGAGAAUAAAUCGUGGCGGAGGGACGAGUUAAGAAAGCUGUGAAGUGAUACGAAGUCUGAAAAUAUUUAUUAUUAUGUGUAGAUCAAUAAGUAUUUUAUGUAUUUUAUGCAAAAAUUAUAAUGAUGUGAUCCCGUUAAUGUAAAUAUAUAGUGUUUUUUUUAGGAAACUCAAAAGAAUAUUAUUAAUAAAUCGUCAUCAUUCAGAAUGACACUUUAUCGCAAGGUA